AUGGUACUCUCGCUCGAUGACGUAUCUGCGUUGCUUGUUCUCGCCAAAACCCGAAAGCAACGACGACUUGUGGCCACAUUAUUGGCAUGCACGUACAUCGAACGCCCAUUGAUCCCAGCUGUCCGUUUCCACCUCACGGCCUGCACUGAUGCCAACUCGAUCAUGGACUUUCGGUUCGACGUCGAUGGCGUGCAAAAGCUUGGCUUGCUCCUUGGUCUCCCAUCGGUUGUCAUUACAAACUCCCGCAAUCGUGUGUGCCGUGAUGAGGCCAUGUGCAUCAUGCUCUCACGCCUCGCAUUUCCAACCCGCUUCUACCAAAUGGCCAAGACGUUUGGGCGGUCAGACGCAGUGCUUUGCGACAUAUUUCUGUUUGUGGUCAACGACAUCUACGACCGGUGGCACGACCUGCUCUACUUCAACCUGCGACUCGUACGCAAGCAACUGGAUCAAUACUGUGCGGCCAUUAAAAAAAGGGGGGCUCCGCUCGAUUCCGUGUUUGGCUUCAUCGAUGGGACGAAGGUUGCCGUGAGUCGAAUUUCGUCAAGUGGAAGCGGCGACAACUUGCAGCGGCAAGUUUACAGUGGACACAAGCGGCUGCAUUGUUUGAACUACCAGGCUGUUACUGCGCCGGACGGCGUUUGCAUCCACUUCUUUGGUCCGGUGGAAGGGCGAAAACAUGACACGACAAUGCUGCGCCACAGUGAAGAGUACUUAGACACGCUAGAAGUUGCGUUAGUGUAA